AUGAAUUCCUCCGGCUUCGCUAAAGUCGCCACAGACGGUGCGGCAAAGGCCGCGAAAUGGGUCGCUGAGAACCCUAAGAGCACCGCAGCGUACGGCGUCUCAGGCGUCGCCCUAAUAGCACCCGCUAUCAUCGCCGGCCCCGCCCUAGCAGCAGUUGGCUUCGGCGCGAAUGGAAUUGCCGGAGCUUCUCUCGCAGCGGGUGCACAAGCCUCAAUUGGAAACGUAGCGGCAGGGAGCCUGUUUGCAACCUUGCAAAGCGCUGGAAUGGCCGGAUACGGUGCCGCCAUCGUCAAUGGAGUUGUCCAAGCAGGAGGCGCGGCCGCCGUGAUCGCUACCGGAGGCACGUCUGCCCUGAAAUCGAAAUUGCGUAAGCGCGAGCGAAAGCACGACCUUGUCCUUAUUGAGAAUACGUGGGCUGAGCUAAGAUCGACAGUGAAGGAAGACCUUGGUAGUGAUGGCGGCGAUGAUGCUCAGCAAGACGGCGUAACCGUGACCGUGACGGAAUUGGAGAAUGCGGUGGACCAGUGCUGGGUAUCUAUUUCGCCCGACACGAUCGAGGAACUUAAAGACUCCGUGCCACAGCAGAUUGAGGCCUACAAGAAGAACGAUGGCAAGACGGAAUAUUGA